AUGAUUACUGACAUUAUAUUUGACAAAAAGCUACCAAAAGGAAAGAUUGCAGAUAUUGAUUCAGUUCUUAUGGGGCAUACGUCUUUGAGUAAAGAAGAUGUAAAGAGCGUUAUCGAUGGAUUAGCAAAAGAGUGGAGUGGGAAUA